ACGGACACGUCCCUCGUCAUCACCUCAAAGACGGGUACUCUAGUUUAGAGAGACUCAACAGAAGGCCCCGGGUUAAUAAAUAUUCAUUGGAGAAACUAUUCUUGCGACGAGCAUCGCUUGAAACCAUGACAGCAACCCUGGGGUCGUCUUCAGCGGGGAUGGGAAGCUGCGGCAGGAGCAGCAGCAGUGAUGAAGGUGAUGAAGACGUCCUGUCGGAUAACGUGGACUUUGUUAGGAAUCGCAAAGAGCGUUCCACCGUCCUGGUGAGACGGUUCUUCAAGAAUAAUCAGAAGGUGACAAAAUCGGUAUGUACUGGGACCAGAGCGAUUGUCAGAACGCUGCCAUCAGGACACAUCUCAGAGGAUGUCUGGGGAGUAGUUGUUCAUCAUCGAUUCUGGCAUCCCAGCAAGAAGGAUAUAUGGCCGAUGCUAAUGCGUGGAGAGGAAUUGAGAUGCUGCAGAGGGAUGCUGCACUCUGUUAGAGUGAAGCUGCUGCAGAUUGACAGUCAUGUCCUGGAGAGAGAGCCGUUCCACCUGACUCAUCCUGCCAGGAAGCUGCUGUUGUCUUGGCCUGGAUGUGUCCGUCUCAGGGAGUCUCAGGGCUCACUGGACGUCAUCGCCACAACCAGACCUGAUCUCAACACCUGCCAUAAUCCCUGGACUUGUCAGCCUUCUCAUCCAGCCAGGUUUUAUCGUGCUUGUGGCUGGAGAACAUCAGUGUGUUCCCUGCUGACUGGAGCGCUGCUGGAGGCCACGGUCGCCGUCGGUGCCCGCUCUUCCAUACCCUGUCCCUUGUUGCAGUGCCCCAACACUCACGCUGUCUUGAAAGAGCGUCAGCUGGCCACCAGCAUGACCAGCAGCAGCUCUCUCCCUCCCAGUGUGAGUGGGAUCAGUAAAGAGCUGGCCGAGCUGUGCCACCUGGUCCAGUUCCCCGAGGAGAUCGCCUGUAUCCUCACCGAGCAGGAGCAGCAGCUUUAUCAGCAGGUCUUUCCCUUGGACUACCUCUGCUUUCUGACUCAAGACCUGGGCAGUCUUGAGUGUCAAACUAAACGCCAUCCCAACCUCAAGGCCUCGCUGUCAGCACCCACCAUGUCUACUCAGAGUGCUAAGCGCAGUAAUCCCGUGGAGGACCUGGUUUCACGCUUCAACGAGGUGAGUUCAUGGGUGACGUGGCUGGUCUUGACAGCAGGAUCCAUGGAAGAGAAGAGAGAAGUUUUCUCAUAUCUUGUCCAUGUUGCUAAAUGCUGUUGGAACAUGGGAAACUACAACGGUGUCAUGGAGUUCCUGGCUGGUCUCAGGUCCCGCAAAGUGUUGAAGAUGUGGCAGUUUAUGGACCAGUCGGACAUUGAGACCAUGAGAGGUUUAAAGGACGCCAUGGCCCAACACGAAUCUUCUUCUGAGUACAAGAAAGUUGUGACCAGAGCGCUCAAUAUCCCAGGAUGCAAGGUGGUUCCGUUUUGUGGAGUUUUUCUGAAGGAGUUAAGUGACGCGUUGGACGGCACAGCGAGUAUAAUUAGCCUCAAACAAUCUUCAGAUAACACAGACGACUCCAUUGAGUUUGUGUCCGACUACAGCGGCCAGAACAAUUUCAUGUCACGAGGCGGUCCAGACGGGCUGCACGUCCCGGAGAAGGAGGCUACGGUCAGCAACAUUCUGCAGAUUAUCAGAUCUUGUAACCGUAGUUUGGAGGCGGAUGAUACUGACGACACGUCCACCAGUCCCUCCUCUACAGGCUCAUCCUUCGCUUUCAGAAGCAACUCCUUCAAGGACCGCUGCCGCAAUCAAUUCACGGUUGGAGACUUGUCAGACUCCGAUGGAGACUUGUCAACUGAACCGGUGGUGAAAGAUGUGGAGUUUCAGGGGACCGAGGAGACGCACAGAGCUUUUAGCCACGGCACGGAGCUCAUUCCCUGGUAUGUGUUGUCGCUACAACCAGAUAUUCACCAGUUUCUGCUGCAGGGAGCCACUGUCAUCCACUAUGAGCAGGACAGCCACCUCACAGCUCGCUGUCUCCUGCGACUGCAGCCAGAUAACACAACACUAUCGUGGGGUAAAGCUCAGAGCGGAGGAGCUUCCCCCACGGAGCAGCCGCUGGGUUUAGGGCAGCCUGUAGUGGCGGGUCUAGCAGAAGGCCUGCUGGACCUCCAAGUGGUGAAGGCGGUGUUUCUGGGUCACCAGGGAGUCGACGUUCACGCUGUAUGUUUGCAAAACAAGCUGAGCCAAAUGACAGUGGAGGAGAAUGGUCUCACUCUCCUGUACGGUCUCAGUACCACCGACAACAGACUUUUGCACUUCGUUGCGCCCAAUCACACGGCACAAAUGCUCCACAAGGGUCUGUCAGAGUUGGUGAAUGCAACCAGGAAAAUAAAGAAGUUUCCUGACCAAAGGCUGCAAUGGCUGAGGAGGCAGUACGUCAGUUUGUAUCAGGAGGACGGCAGGUAUGAAGGUCCUACGUUGGCUCAGGCCAUUGAGCUGUUUGGUGGCCGAAGGUGGAACAUGGGUACAGGUGGUGUCGAGAAAACUGGAGCCCAAAAAAACAGUCCGCUCGGCAUUAAUGACAAGUCCAAGAAAAAGAAGAAGGCUCUUGUCAGGGGAGACAGUGGAGAUGCCACUGAUGAUGAGAUGGUUUCAAGGAAAUCCAAGAGCUGUAAGGAGGGAAUGUAUCGGAACGGUCCGGAGUCCGACAGCAUCGAGCACGAAGACCCAGACGACGGCUUUCUGGGACCGUUUUCCCUUUCGUCCACUAAGAGCCCCGGAUUACUUGGCUCCUCUUCCUCCUCAUCUUCCUCCUCCAGCAUGACGGGCUCUACCCACUGCCGUCCUCAGUCAUCUCCAGUCAUUUCAGGAAGCUCAAAGUCCCAGCCAGGUGCGUGGAGCAGCAGAUCUUGGCACGGCCGAGGUAAAGGCUGUUUCAAAGGUUUUCAGAAUCUCAUGAUCUCUGACAGCACGAUGAGCUUCGUUGAGUUUGUCGAGCUUUUCAAAUCAUUCAGUAUCCGAAGCAGGAAGGACCUGAAAGAGCUGUUUGACACGUUUGCUGUCCCCUGUAAUCGUGCAUGUCCAGAAUCAUCUCCUGUUUACACCAACCUCAGGAUAGACGACAGAGACUCAGGACUCCAACCAGACCUCGAUUUAUUGACCCGUAAUGGUUCAGAUCUCGGCCUGUUUAUCCGGACAAAGCAGCAAAUGUCUGACAACCAGAAGCAGAUAUCGGAUGCCAUUGCAGCCGCCAGCAUCGUGACCAACGGCACCGGGGUGGAGAACGCAUCGUUGGGAGUCUUGGGAUUCGCUAUCCCACAACUCAAUGACUUUUUGGUCAACUGUCAGCGGGAGCACCUGAGCUACGAUGAGAUUCUCAGCAUUAUACAGAAAUUUGAGCCAUCGUCAACCAUGAGACAAAUGGGUUGGAUGUCAUUUGAAGGCUUUGCGAGGUUCCUCAUGGACAAGGAGAACUUUGUUUCUCGUAAUGAGGAAUCUCAGAUGAAUCCGGAGGAGCUGCAGUUUCCUCUGUCGUAUUACUACAUCGAGUCUUCUCACAACACCUAUCUCACUGGGCACCAGCUCAAAGGAGAGUCUUCAGUAGAGCUUUAUAGUCAGGUGCUGUUGCAGGGCUGCAGGAGCGUGGAGUUGGACUGCUGGGAUGGAGAUGACGGCAUGCCAGUUAUUUACCACGGACACACGCUCACCACCAAGAUUCCAUUUAAGGAUGUGGUGGAAGCUAUUAACCGCUCUGCAUUUGUCAAUUCUGACAUGCCCGUCAUCUUGUCCAUAGAGAACCACUGCUCCCUUCCUCAGCAACGCAAGAUGGCUGAAAUCUUUAAGACGGUGUGUGGGGAACAUCUAGUGACGCGGUUCCUGUUUGAAAGUGACUUCAGUGACGAUCCUCACCUCCCGUCACCUCUGCAGCUGCGCGGGAAGAUCCUCCUCAAGAAUAAAAAACUCAAAGCUCAUCAGGCACCUGUCGACAUACUCAAACAGAAGGCUCACCAGCUGGCCCACAUGCAGGCGCAGGCGAGCAACGGCUCACCGGGGGUUUCUGCAGCGAACAACCACGCCACUGAGGAAGAGGAAGAGGAUGAAGAUGAAGAUGACUACGACUACGAGUCUCUGUCAGACGAUAACAUCCUGGAUGAAAAGCCAGAGGGCAAGAGCUCGGCAGACAAAGACGAUCCCCCUGCAGAUGAGAUACCCAAGAGGAUGAAAAAGGGGGACAGCGCCGUUCAAAGCAAAGGAAAGAUGUUCGACAUGGAGCUGGGCGAGGAGUUUUACCUUCCCCAGAACAAGAAGGAGAGUCGACAGAUCGCCCAGGAGCUAUCAGACCUCAUUAUCUACUGCCAAGCUGUGAAAUUCCCUGGCCUGUCUACUCUGUCUCCGGCCGGCUCUAGCAGAGGGAAGGACCGAGGGAAGAGCAGGAAGUCCAUAUUUGGCACAGCUCCUUCUCGAUGCAACACAACGGGGGAGGUGACGACCCAGAACCGGCCGGCCGGGAAAGGCGGCUCAGAGCGGCUCAGCGGGGAGGAGCAGCAAACGUCGCCCGUACUCAGCACCCCCACGUCACUCAGCGCCAUCAUCCGCACGCCCAAGUGCUACCACAUCUCCUCCGUCAACGAGAACGCGGCCAAGCGCUUGUGCCGGCGCUUCUCCCAGAAGCUGAUCCAGCACACCGUGAGCCAGCUGCUCCGCACGUACCCAGCAGCCACCAGGAUCGACUCCACAAACCCAAACCCCCUGCUCUUCUGGCUGCACGGCAUCCAGCUGGUGGCACUGAAUUACCAGACCGACGACCUGCCCAUGCAGCUGAACACGGCGUUGUUCGAGGCCAACGGCGGCUGUGGCUUCGUCCUGAAGCCGGCGGUGCUCUGGGACCGGAGCUGUCCGCUUUAUCAGCAGUUCUGUCCCAUGGAGAGGGAUGUGGAGAAGAUGAGUCCUGCUGUCUAUUCCCUCACCAUCGUCUCUGGUCAGAACGUGUGCCCGGGCAACAGCUCCGGCAGCCCCUGCAUCGAGGUGGACGUCCUGGGCAUGCCCGUGGACAGCUGCCACUUCCGGACCAAACCCAUCCACCGCAACACGCUCAACCCCAUGUGGAGCGAGCACUUCCAGUUCACCGUCCAUUUGGAGGAGAUGUGUUUUGUGCGCUUCGCCGUGGUGGAGAACAACAGUUCCCAGAUGACGGCGCAGAGAACUCUGCCCCUGACGGCCCUCAAGCCAGGUUACAGACACGUUCAGUUGAGAACGCAGCAUAAUGAGGCUCUGGAGGUGUCGAGCUUAUUCAUCUACAGCCGCAGAACAGAGGAAGGUCCCGCAGGGGGCGCCACCCCCUCAUCUUUGCUGUUCAGUUCAGAGGAGAAACAAGUUUCCCAGCAGCACAGGGUGACGGUGCACGGAGCCCCCGGUCCCGAGCCCUUCACAGUGUUUAGCGUUACGGAGCAGACGACGGCCAAACAGCUACUUGACAUGGUUGUUGCAUCCACGGGAAGCCCGUCAGAGUACGUGUUGUGUGAGGAGAAGGUUCCCCUGCUGAAGGAGCGCAGCGAGGUGAAACGCUGCGCUCUCCACCGAUCCCUCACGCCGGAGGAGGAGCUGCUCCGGCUGGUCUGCAGCUGGGACACGGAGGACGGCUAUGUGGGGAGAAUCUGCCUCAAAACAAGGGAGGAGAACUUGAAUGAGAGACACAGUGUGCGGGAGGGAGAAGAGGACAUGCUAGUCGGAGGGAAAGAAGGAGCAGGAGGAGGAGGAGGAGGUGGAGGAGGAGAGGACGACAUGUUCUUUGUUCAGGUCCAUGAAGUUUCACCAGAUCAGCCUCACACUGUGAUCAAGGCCCCGCGAUACAGCACAGCUCAGGACAUCAUCCAGCAGACUCUGUCAAAGGCAAAGUACUCGUACAGCAUCCUGUCCAACCCCAACCCCUCUGACUACGUGCUGGUGGAGGAAGUGACCAAGGACACGGGUUCUAAGAAGUCGUCGGGCACCAAACCGGUGCAGCGGGUUCUGCAGGACCACGAGUGCGUGUACCAGGCCCAGAACCGCUGGAAGGGAACGGGGAAGUUCCUCCUCAAGCUCAAAGAGCAGGUGGUGCGGGAAGACAAAAAGAAAGUCAUGUCCUUCGCCAGCGAGCUGAAGAAGCUGACGAGCCGCAGCCGCAGCAUGACGACCGGCGCGGGCGCGGACGGGCCGGCCCAGAGGAGUCCGUCUGCUGCCGCCGGUCUGGAGUCGUGGCUGACGGAGGGCAAGGUGGAGGCCGGAGGAUUCCUGCAGGCCUCCUUCCACCCCGGCCACCUCCUCUCCUCCUCCCUCACCCCCCUGCAGCUCCUCAGGAACUGGAAGAUCCACACAUGAGGAGGGACACAUGCACCCAUACUUCUGAAGCUGGACAAUUCCACAUUUCUACGAGAGGCCGAGUGUUUCCUCGGGGGCCUGAGGAUUCGUGGACUUCUAGGAUAGACUCCUCUCAAAAGGCUGACGGCGCCUGGUCCUGCUCUGAUUUGGUGAAGCGAGCGGAGGACAGGAUUCCCAUCCGGGAUCGUUACGGCGUCUGGCGCCGUCGCCUGCUUGAAUGUUGGACGGAAGCUGGGAAAUCCACCCGGUGUGGGCUGUGAGGGUCGCGGGACGGAUUCUUGUAAAUAUCGUGGCUCCACUGAGGGGCCAGAGUACCAGGGGCAGCUGUUUUUAUUGAAAUCAUCAGGGACAUUAAAUAGCACUAAAGUAUUCCUCCUGUUACUGAAGAACAGAAGAAAGGAAAGCAAACCUUUCCCCGAGUCACUUUCAAAAGAGAAGGAGCUUUUGAGUUUGCUUUGAAGGGCCAGUCUGUUUGUUUCUUUAAUCGCCCGGAAAUGAUAGAAAGAAGUAAAUUCAAAGUAGAAGAGCUGCUAAACAACCUUAUUUCUUGGAUAUAUUGAACCACAAACUAAUUGAUGUGUUGAAUACCUCCUGUGUUUAGAGGACAGUUCAAACAUGGGUCCACGAGAUAAUAAUGCUGAUUCACCGUUACGUGGUGAGGGCUACACUUGAUACAACUUACUUGCAAUAUUUGAUGCCUAUUAUUGUUUUUCUCUCACUUAAAAAACACUUAAAAGUCAUAUUUGCAACCUGGCACAUUUGCAGCUGCAGAGUUGUAAGUGUAGCAGCCGUUCAGACACACGUAGGCCGGGACUUCCUGCUCGGUGCUCGCUGGUCAUGGCUGGACUGCAGACCAUUCACACGUUUGUGUUCUGGGUCCGUGGACUUCACCGCCAUCCGUUUUCUGUUUUGAA